AUACCCUAUUUUGCAACUUAAUUUGUCAUAAAUGCUUUCAUACAUAUAUUUUCUUUCCCAAUUUUAAUUAUUUCCCAAGUACUCCACAUUACUCCCUCUAUUUAUUACCACCACCUCUACCAUACAAUUCUCUUCCAUAUUACAUGCACAAAUAAAACACAAUUGUAACCUUUUCAAAUUAUCUCACUUUUCAAAAAGGCUUUUUUUAUUUUAAGGUUUGGCUACCAAAAAUGGAAGAAAUAAAGCAUACAACGGUCCAAGUGAAUGGUAUAAACAUGCACAUUGCAGAAAAGGGUGAAGGGCCAGUUGUACUUCUUCUUCAUGGUUUUCCAGAGUUAUGGUACUCCUGGAGACACCAGAUUAUUGCCUUAGCAUCCAACGGUUAUCAUGCAAUUGCCCCAGAUCUAAGGGGCUUUGGUGAUUCUGAUUCUCCAACUUCUAUUUCAAGCUACACUUGUUUCCAUUUAGUUGGGGAUCUUAUUGGGCUUCUUGAUUUGCUUCAUGUGGAUCAAGUUUUUCUUGUGGCCCAUGAUAUGGGUGCUAUGGUGGGCUGGUAUUUCUGCAUGUUUCGGCCCGAUAGGAUUAAGGCUUUUGUCUCUCUUUCCGUUCCGUUUCGGCCCAGGAAUCCCACGUUGAAGCCCAUUCCGACUCUCAGAGCUUUUUUAGGGGAUGAUUAUUAUAUGUGCAGAUUUCAGGAGCCAGGAGAUAUUGAAGCAGAAAUAGCAGAAUAUGGUGUGAAGCAUGUCCUGAAGAAAAUCCUAACAACACGAGAUCCAGGCGCACCCAUGCUUCCCAAAGGAAAAGCAUUUGGGGAAUACCCUGAUAAUUCUAUAACCUUACCUUCAUGGCUAUCAGAGGAAGAUAUCGACUACUACGCCUCCAAAUACGAACGCAAUGGCUUCACCGGACCCUUGAACCACUACCGGAAUUUAGACUGGAACUGGGAGCUGCUAGCGCCAUGGACAGGGGUAGAAGUGAAGGUACCAGCAAAGCUAAUCGUGGGAGAUAUAGACAUGGUGUAUAAUAUGAUAGGGGUAAGAGAUUACAUUCAUAAAGGAGGGUUCAAGAAAGAUGUGCCCUUGCUUGAAGAUGUAGUGGUUAUGGAAGGAGUAGGUCAUUACAUCAAUCAAGAGAAAACUGAGCAAGUUAAUCAGCAUAUCAUUCAAUUCUUUAGCAAGUUCUAAAAUGGGUUUGUGUUUGUUCUGAAAUGUGUGUUUGAUUGGGGGGGUAAGGCCGUGUGUUUGUGUUCGGAAUAACAAGAAACUCUUUAGUUCAAUGUGAUGUUCAAGGGAAUGUUAGAAUGUAGUCUUAUUGCAGUACCACUAGCUGUAUCAAUAUUAUCAAUGUUCAAAGUGGUGCAGUUCCUUUUUAUUCUGUGAAUUAAAACAUUCUACUACCA